GUGUCCGUGCGCCCGCGCUGUGAGGCUGCAGAAAGAGAGAGAGACGCGCGCACACGCACGCUCGCUCCUUCAAACAAAGAGACCCAUCAACAUCCUCACACAGUGCACCAGCGAAACGCACUCCUGUUCAGGCCAAGGAACGCACCAUGACGGCAAACGGAACCAGCGACAUGCUCAAAAUCCAAUUCGGAUUGAUCAACUGUGGAAACAAGUAUCUCACCGCAGAAACGUUUGGGUUCAAGAUCAACGCAUCAGCGACCAGCAUGAAGAAAAAACAGAUCUGGACCCUGGAGCAGGAUGGUGAGGACUCAAACACGUUUUACCUGAAGAGUCAUCUGGGUCGGUACAUUGCAGCAGACAAGGACGGUAACGUCACGGGUGAAAGCGAGGUGCCCACGGAGGAUUGCCGGUUCAUAAUCACAGCCCACGAUGAUGGGCGCUGGUCGCUGCAGUCCGAACCGCACAAACGAUACCUCGGCGGUACCGAAGACAGGAUCACGUGCUUCGCCCAGACCAUCUCCAUCGCGGAGAAAUGGUGCGUGCACAUUGCCAUGCACCCGCAGGUGAACAUCUUCAGCGUCACCCGAAAACGUUACGCGCACCUGAGCUCAGAGCAGCACGAGAUCGCCAUCGACAGGGACGUCCCGUGGGGCGUCGACUCUCUCAUCACCUUGGUCUUCCAGGACCAGAGGUACCAUCUGCAGACCUCUGACAACCGCUUCCUGGUGAAUGACGGGACCCUGUCCCAAAAGCCUGAUAAGACAACGGGAUACACCCUGGAGUUCAGGUCUGGAAAGGUGGCCUUCAGAGACUGCACUGGGAAGUACCUGGCUCCCUCUGGUCCCAGUGGAACCAUGAAGUCCGGCAAGAGCUCCAAGGUUGGAAAAGAUGAGCUUUUCGUUUUGGAGCAGAGCCAUCCUCAAGUGGUGCUCACCGCUGGCAACGAGAGGAAUGUGUCCACCAGGCAAGGCAUGGACCUCUCGGCCAACCAGGACGAGGAAGGUGACCAGGAGACUUUCCAAAUGGAAAUCAGUAAGGACACAAAGAAGUGUGCCUUCAGGACCUGCACUGGCAAAUACUGGACUCUCACAGCUAAUGGUGGCCUUCAAUGUACCGCCUCUACCAAGUCUGCUAACUGCUACUUUGACAUUGAAUGGCGUGGGAAGAAGAUCCUGCUGCUUGCCAACAAUGGAAAAUAUGUGGCCGCCAAAAAGAACGGACAGCUGGCUGCCACUAUUGACUCGGCAGGCGAGACAGAGGAGUUCCUGAUGAAACUCAUCAACAGGCCCCUCAUCGUGCUGAGAGGCGAGCACGGAUUCAUCGGCUGCAGAAGGGUGACCGGCACUUUGGAUUCCAACCGUUCUUCGUACGAUGUCUUCGGACUGGAGUUCAGAGACGGAGCUUACAGUUUGCAAGACUCCACAGGAAAGUACUGGAUGGUGGGCAGCGAGUACAACGUGCUUAGCAGUAGCGACGCCCCCGUGGACUUCUUCCUCGAGUUCUGCGACUUCAACAAAGUGGCCAUCAAGUCAAGUGAAGGAAAGUAUCUGAAGGGAGAUCACGCUGGCGUUCUGAAGGCCAACGCCGAUGAGCUGGACGGCUCCACUAUGUGGGAGUACUAAAGGCACUUUAGUUACCACUGUGGCAUUUUCUUUCCACUUUCCUUUACACAUUUUGAAUAUGAUUUUGAAUACGCGUGAGCACAAAGGCAAACAGCAGAGAGAACUCGAAGGGUUUAACUUCUUGUCUAUAUUUUCCAAUCUGUCGAAAUGCUUCAGCUUUUGGGUGCCAUGAAAUUACCGCAGUGUUGUACGAAUACGUGUGGCCAAAACUGGGACUUAACUGGCAUCCAAACAUGUGUUGUUUAAAGAAAUCUCACACCAUCUCAUUCUGUCAUAACAUUUGACUGAUAGUCAAAUCAAGAGUCCACUGUUUGAGCGAAUGAGCAGUGUCUGUCAGCCUGGCGUCAGGAUUUUUUUUAAGAGUAAAGCUUAAUGUGGUAACCCUCCCUUGUCUUUGCACAGUCCUGUAUGAGCCUCACACUUCUAAUAUUAACAAACCCUUGUGACUGUUAGCUCAUGAUAUGAUGUACUGAUUUCCCUUGUAUUAUUGCCGGUCAUAAAUAUCUUAAUGAGAGGACAAUGGCAAUAUUUAAAGAUAAAUGAAUGUUGAUCUUUUUUUCUUAAACUUGACAGAGAUAUGAAGGAAGCUUUCUGAGCGCUGAAAUGUUUUGUUGUUUUUGUAUUUGAAGCAUGGCAGUGCGCUGAUGUGUAAUACAGUAUGUACUGCCUCAUUACCUGUGCUAUUAUAUUAAUUUUAAUGCUUAUAACUGGAUUGGUACAGUACUGUAGCAGUCCCUCAUCUCAAAAGUAGAGUCUGGAAUUUCCGAGACUCUUGGAAUUGCCAAUGAAGAUAUUAAAACGGGAAUUUUUCUGCAACUUGAAAGUGAUGUCAUCGUUGCGUUGUGUGCUGUGUAGCAGUGAAUGUGAUCAUAUCGAGAUGAGGUUGUUGCAGGUUCAACACGAUAUUUAUGGUAAAUUAACCACUUUUCCUCUUGAUCCUGACAAUUCUUAAAGGAUCGACGGGUCUGUGUUUAGUACUGGACUUGUGUAAUGGUUUCACUGGAAUAACGCCAACUCUAGUUUUGUUUUUAUUUGUUUUAAUAAGGCACAGACAUGAUCGUAAACCUGGUAUAAAAGCCAAAACUGAGGUGGUGUUUAGUCUACAGUGGAUAUUAUGGUAAAUCAUUUAACAGACCCAAGACAGGAAGCCAUUAUUUUGGCUCACUAAAAUUUGACUGCUAGUUUAAAGUCAUCCACAGAUUUGAUUAAACUGGUGCUCUUCAUCUUAUGUGAUAUAAGAGUAGAUAUAUUUAGACAUGACUGUGCCUUAUUAGAAGGCCAUUAUGGGAAAAACACAUUCCACAUCAAUACUUUGUAAGACUUUACAAAUGUCUUUUUUAUAUUGUUUUGAUAUUAUGCUUAUUUUUCCUCAUGUGCCAUGGGUACAAACGAAAUCGGAAAAUAAAUACAGUUUGAAUAUGAA